UCACAGUCUCAGUCUCAAUCGCAGUCACAGUGUGAGCUUCGCCAUUGAAACUUUCUACGCACAAAAGAUAUUAUUUAUUAAGGCAAUUCCCCAAAAUUCAUAUCUCUAUCCAUCUAUUCUCGCCGAGUUUCCUAAUUCUACCUCGAAAUUUUCCUUUUUAUCGACGAAUUACUUAUCAGAUGAUCUCCGUACACAUGACUGUUUGGAUUCUCUGACGGAAAAAAAGGGGAAUUUUGUCGGGAUAAGACAUGUACGCCGCCGGCGGAGGUCCAAUGCGUAAGUCCUUCAAGGAUUCGCUUAAAGUUCUCGAAGCCGAUAUUCAGCAUGCCAAUACUCUGGCGUCUGAUUAUCCGCGAGACUAUGAUGGCGCAUGCCUACAAAUGAGAAUGUCGUACAGUCCGGCAGCACAGUUUUUCCUCUUUCUAGUUCAAUGGACUGACUGCCAUCUUGCUGGUGCACUAGGACUGUUGAGAAUCUUAAUAUACAAGGUCUACGUUGACGGCACUACCACCAUGUCCACUCAUGAGAGAAAAGCAAGCAUCAGAGAAUUCUAUGCUGUUAUUUAUCCUUCUUUGCUGCAACUUCAAAGAGGAGUCACAGAUUCGGAAGAUAAGAAGCAGAAAGCUGUGUGCCUUGAGAGAUACAGGAGAAAGGAUGAAGAAGAAUAUAGGCAUUGCUCAGAAUCGGAGAUUGAAAGGGAAGAAGAAUGUGGGAUUUGUAUGGAGAUGAACAAGAAAAUAGUCUUGCCCAAUUGCAACCAUGCUCUGUGCUUGAAAUGCUACAAAGAAUGGCGCACAAGAUCACAAUCAUGUCCCUUUUGCCGCGACAGCUUAAAGCAGGUGAACGCUGGUGAUCUGUGGGUGUUAUUGGACAGCCGAGAUGUGAUCGACAUGACAGCAAUAACGAGGGAGAAUUUGAAGAGGCUCUUCAUGUAUAUAGACAAAUUGCCUCUGAUCAUUCCCGAAAACCUGUUUGAUGCCUACGAUACCCAUGUGAGGUAAUUGACUGGUUUCCUCGUAGUUUCCAUUUAUGGAUUACAGAUCUUUCUUGUUCUCAGGAUGUUGGAUGCUCCGAGGAGCAAGAAAUGUCUUGAAAAGUAGUCUUGGAAUUCAAGUGGUCUUAUCCACAUCUCAUUAGUAACAAAACCCAGCCUUGAUUUGUUAUAGGCCGAGGUUCAGCCUUAGGAUUUGGUGGGGGCGGGGGGCGGGGGUGUGACUGUAAUGUGUGCUUGUGGAAAUUUGUAAAUGUAUGUACAGUUUGAAGUCUGCCUUUCCAAACUAAAGUAAAAAUCUGCUGUUGUAGUGGCCUUAAUUUAAGUAUCUACUACAUUGUGAAACCUCCCAAGAUCGAUAUCUCUUUGCUUUUUGUUUGUGAAUUUUAAUUUGUCUUGGCUCAGACAUGAUAGGAGAUGCGUAUGGUAUAUGAAACUCGCGACUUAAC